AUGAUCCUCCUCACUCCCUCCUCUGAGGUUAUUGAUCUAACAAAGACAACUACUAACUGCUUUUGUCGUGUGGUCUCAGGUUUCUUCCAGUGUACCAACAAGCUCUUUCUGAGUGAUCAGGCCACAGGACUCCAGAUCAAGGAAUUUGCGCGUAAAAAUGCAGCUAACGCUCUGUCAGUUGCCAACAUGGUCAUGGGCAUGGCCUCCAUUCUCAGCAGUCUUAACGGGCACCAUCAUGCGGCGUGUUGGCUGGUCCUGAUUGGCUACCUGCUGGAUUUGGCAGAUGGAGCAGUUGCCAGGCGACUUGAUGCUUGUUCUGCACUGGGUGCAAAGCUAGAUGAUUUUGCUGACUUCACAACCUUUGGGAUUGCCACAUCGUUGCUCCUGAGGACACCUGACCUGGUGGACAACAUCCUAUGCAUGUGUUACGUCAUGUCUGUGUUCGUCCGCCUCUGUUUCUUCUCAAGUGGCAUCCCAUUCAUGUAUCGUGGCCUGCCCUGCAUCUACUCUUCAGCCAUCCUGGCCAGUGCCUCUCUGCUGUCGGGGGGAAACAUGGCCAUGUUGCGGGUCAUCGCAGUGGCCAUGAUCCUAUUCAUGAUCAGUCAGAACUUCUACCCCCACGAUAGAGUGCUGGAGUCGCAGGCCUGGAAAAAAGCAGUCUACGCUGGAGGAGUCAUCAUGGUGUUCUGCUCUUCUUUCCCCCCUGCAUGUGUAUACUACUUACUGUGGUCUGUCUCCUACAUUUUGUUCCCAACAUCCCUUUGGAGCAGCAAGGUGUAAAAGGGUUGUUGGCUUUGUCAUAAACUCCCGAAUAGUUUGACCUCUGGCCCAUCUGGGUAAACUGAGGCUUCCAGACUGCUGCUGCUCCAUACUGUCAUGGAGGAUCUAAACUAAACAUGCUCAUGCACCACAGGCGAACACUCUAUUUAACCUUUAUUUUGAUGUGACACCUCUAUGACAACACCAGGAUUGAAGAA